GUCACGCAGCGGCAUCAGAGCGACAUCCGCACAGCAGAGACACACGGAGCUCAUAAAUCAUCCGUCUUUACUCGACUUCUUCCAGUCAACGGAGCAAGAAAACACCCCUCACCCAAACCAGGACUUAUUAUUUGUUUAUGCAAAGAUAUUUUGAGCCUACAAAUAUGCUGCUGUGUUCACACUUCGGAAGAAGAAGAAGAGGCCAGCCUUAGAAUAAACUCCCCACAACUUGAAGUCCACUCCGGAGAGAAGGAAAGAAACACUUGUCGUGGACUCCCUGAUCGACUCUUUGCUCCUUUUCUACGUUUGCUGAACCUUUGGGACACUUCAGCCAGUCCCGAUGGAAGCCAGAGGAAAGUAUGAUUUUACUGCUACAGCAGACGACGAGCUCAGCUUCAGAAAGGGUGAUAUACUUAAGAUUUUAAGCACACAAGACGAGUGGUGUAAAGCCGAGAUGAACGGAGAGGAAGGAUUCAUACCACAAAACUACGUUGAGAUUCACACUCCAAGGUGGUUUCAGGAGAACGCCAGUCGCAGCGCUGCAGAGGAAGUCCUCCGUUACAAAGGUGUGGGAGACUUUGUGAUCCGAGGAUGCCAGAGCUCCCCGGGAGACUUCUCCAUCUCUGUCAAACAUGAGAGUGACGUUCAGCACUUCAAAGUGAUGAAAGACAACAAAGGCCAGUACUUCCUGUGGUCAGAGAAGUUCACCUCCUUGAACAAGCUGGUGGAGUUCUACAAGUGCACGUCCAUCUCUAAAACCAGGGAGAUCUACCUCAACGAUGGCAGCUCGGACAUUAAGAGCCCCCCCGCGACCCAGUCGGUGAAGAGGGGAAGUUUGCCUGAGCAACGUAACACAGCUGCAGCCAUCGUUGCUUCACCGCGCAGAGCUUCAGACCAGCCUCACAACCAGCUGGCUAAGAGAUCGGGUCUGGAGGAGCGAGCUCACACCAUCGGUCACACAGGAAGAAACAGCCCCGUCGCAACUGCCUAUCCCCCCCGUCGCACAUCUGAAACCAUGCCUCUCCCCCAGAGGGCGCCCACGCUGCAGGUGAAGGCGCUGUACGACUUCACCGCAGAAGAAGAAGACGAACUCGGUUUCAGCACGGGUGACAUCAUCGAGGUGUUGGAUCGCUCUGACCCGUCCUGGUGGAAAGGGAAGCUGCGAGGGAAAAGCGGGCUGUUUCCUGCCAACUACACAAUACAGCUGUGAAAAAAAAAACACCCCCGGGCGAUGCACUUACUACUGCACACAUUCACAGACUCGAUGAGCAGUUGCAUCAAAAUGUGCUUUUGAACAGAAACAUUGACUCAUCCGAUCUUUGCACCGCACGUUCAUCAAGCCGUCGUUGCCCAAAGGACUGUGAGUCUGUCAGUGUUUUCACAUAAUAUUCACAUAUAUACUGCACAAAGGAGCAGGAACUUACUAUAACCUGCUUCAUGUUUACCUGCUGCAGGUGGCACCCAGGAAUGUUUUAUAAUUUGCAUCAUGACAUGUCUGACAGCAGGUACUUAUUUGCAAAGUGCUCAUUGGCUGGUCUGCUGAUCAGAGGUGUCAAUUCCAGUUCCAGAAAGUAAAA